UUUCCAAUACAUCUUGCACUGCAAUACCCUUACUUUCCCUCAAAACAGACUUUAGUAACAAGCAGCUCUUUACCAUGGGCUCUCUUACAACUACAGCUCCUCCUAAAUUUCCUUUCGCUCGUCCAUCCGGGACAACUCCAGCUCUCGAAUAUGCCCGUCUUCGCGCCACAGAUUCAGUAUCUCAGGUCGAGCUCUUCGAUGGCAGUGUGGCCUGGCUGGUCGUCAAACACAAAGAUAUCUGUGCCGUUCUAACAGACGAUAGACUUUCAAAGGUUGGCCAUGUAGAGGAUCUCUCUGGAAUAGAGUUAACCUGAAAUAGCAACGCAACAGACCAGGCUUCCCGGAGCUCUCAGCGGGAGGCAAAGAAGCAGCCAAGAACAAACCAACGUUUGUUGACAUGGAUCCACCUCAGCACAUGCAACAAAGAAGCAUGGUCGAGUCGAUCUUCAAGAAAGAACAUAUCGAUGGCCUGCGUCCUAAGAUCCAAGAGACAGUGAAUACUCUCCUCGACAAGAUGAUUGCUGAGGGAGGAUCCGAUCCUUUCGAUUUCGUGGAGAAAUUUGCCUUACCUGUUCCAUCUUAUACGAUCUACAGUAUCCUCGGCGUCCCGCUUGCUGACCUCCCAAAACUAACAAACUUCGCUGCCAUCAGGUCCAACGGCUCAGGGACUGCAACUGAAGCCUCAAAUGCCAACGCCGCUCUCCUCUCUUACAUGGACUCUCUCGUCACAGCUCGCCUAGCCGAGCCAAAGUCAGACUUGAUCUCGCUCCUCGUAACCGAACAACUCAUCCCAGGCCACUUGACGCAAGCUGACGUCGUACAAAUCGCAUUCCUCCUUCUCGUUGCAGGCAAUGCAACCAUGGUAUCGAUGAUUGCUCUCGGUGUCGUUACACUGCUCGAGCACCCUGAUCAACUCGCGUCACUCAAGGAAGACCCUGAGCAAUGGGCGGCGCCGUUCGUAGAGGAGUUGUGUAGAUUUCACACUGCGUCUGCGCUGGCGACCAAGAGGGUUGCGAAGGAAGAUGUUGUGUAUGGGGGAAAGCUAAUUAAGGCUGGUGAUGGCAUUAUUGCGGCGACCCAGAGUGGGAAUCGGGAUGAGGAGGUCUUUGGAGAGACCGCUAAUGAAUUUGAUAUGAAGCGUGUGAGGGGACGCGAGGAGGCGCUAGGAUAUGGGUGGGGAGCGCAUAGGUGUGUGGCAGAGUGGCUGGCGCGAGCGGAAUUGGAGAUUGUAUUUGCGACAUUGUGGACAAAGCUUCCGGAUUUGAAGCUAGCGAUUCCGCUCGAGGCUGUGAAGUACUCGCCUCUAACUAAGGAUGUGGGUAUUGAAGAGCUGUCUGUGGUAUUCUAAAGGAAUUUUGGGACUGUGGACAUUGCUACUCUUGAGAAUUAAGCAAACAAAAACAACAAACAAUAACAGAUAAGAAAAACAAAUUGAAGCUGGGUGAUGAAGAGCAAGACGGGGUGAUUGACCUUCUGGAUUGUAGUUAAUGUGAAAGAAGAAUCCCAUUCUACUUAUUUUUCCUUUAAUGAUGAGUAGCUCUUUGAGAAGGUGGACCUGCAUUUUUACUGG